UACGCUCGAACCCUGGCUGCGUAGAACCCGUUUCAUUGCCUUUAUUACUUAAUGCAUUACACGCGUAUCGAGUAAAUUAAAAUCAUAGACAAAAAUGUUAACGUUUUAAAAAAAGAAAACAUCAUUAGAGUUAAAAAGAAAAAAAUACUAACCACUAAUAAAGUGCAUUAAAAAGUGAAAUUAAAAAAAUGAGCCUAAGUGAAGAAAGCAGUGGGGAUGGUAUACUGGCGUCCCGUCACGUCAGUCCGGAAACAAAUCACAAUGAAAAUAAUGCGAUGAACACGACUUUACUUUGUCAUAACUUCACUUUGGAGCCAGAUUUUAUUUCUUAUUUGACAGCUCUACAGCCAUACGCGUGGGUGCUUUGGUCGAGUGGACUGGUAGUUCUUAUAUUACUAUGGACAAUAUACGCCAUCACAUUAAGAUCUGCUAUCAAGAAACGAAGCGAAUCCACAACAAAUCUCGCUACCGUUUUGUCUGUUUACCCUCUUGUAGCGUCAGCAGCUUACAUAGCAAUAGUGGUGCCGCGAGCAACUCUGGUGGCAGAGGCUAUAGCACAAGAGGUGGUAAUGGUGGCACUAUACCAUUUCUUCUGCCUCAUCAUUGCGGAGUGCGGUGGCACCAGUCAAUUCAUCAGACGCGCGGGAGACUCUCGCUUGGAGACCCGGGUGCUGCCGUGUUGCUGCUGGCCCUGCUGCAUCAUACCAAGACCGAAAAUUGAUAAGAGGAGUUUAACUUGGCUGCGUUGCUUGGUGCUGCAAAUACCCAUUGUACAGGCGGUACUAUACGUCAUCAUACUGGUGUUAUGGGCAGAGGAUAUGAUGAUUUACCGUCACGGGUUAGUUUACAUCCAGAUUUUCGUCGGUGCGUCCAUACUGUCUGGUAUCUGGGGUGUGAUAAUGUGUAUUAGAGCGGCGAAUGGUAUCGGAGUUGUUCUUCGACCUAAAUUCGUUGCGUUACAAUUAGUCCUCAUCAUAGUAAAGUUGCAGUGCGGUUUGUCUAAACUGGUGUCAGAUCUUGCAACGUUACCCUGCGUAAUGUCGCUACAUCCAACAGUCUUGGUCAAUGUAACACAAUACACAAUAACAAUAUUCGAAAUGUUACUCCUAUCGAUUUGGGCGUGGCGUCUAUAUGGUGCGGCUGAAACUAAAUCUCUUAAUAAAGUUCAAAAGGUCGUUGUCGCUGUUUUGGAGGAAGGCACAGGAGUUCUGGAUGUCAAGCAAAGAAAAGAAGGUGUAGAUAAUAAAUCUUUUAAUAUCACAGAUAAUAAAUACGAAGGCAAAGUGUAAUCUAGUUUUAUUUUAAUUUAGUUUUUGUAUUGGUGUUUUUACGUAGAACAAUAAUGUCUUUGUAAGGCUUUGUACCAGUUUUGUACCAGUGACUCUGCAUAUUUUGGUAACGCAUGAGUAAGUGUUGCUACUUAAAAAAAUGUUAUUUUAUUGCUAGCUUCUAUUUUACAGCGUCUGUUCCGAAGGAGUAGUUAAAAGUAAUUUUUCUAAGUUCGCCUGUGUAUUCAGUGACGUAUUGAUUAGAUUUGAUUUGAAAUGUAGAAGUAAAAAAACUAGUAAUUUUGUAACGAUUGUUGUUUUGUGUUGUACAAAAAAGGAAUUGUAUCUUAGAAUUAGAUUUUAUCUAAGUACGUCGAACGUAAAUGUACCUGACUCUAUUUUAUGUGUUGUAGCUGUGAAUGUUUGAAAUCGAAAAUAAAAUAUUGAAAUCA